AUGGGGGUCGUAAGGUAUUCGCAGAUUCUACUGUCGCGACUUGUACGGCUGCGUCGUUUGCUCUCACGCCUUGUGUUGCCCCUUCUGGUGCUCAUCUUGCUGUCGUUCCUUCUGCUGGAGACCCGCGGGUGUCUCGACGAGGAGACCAAGCUGGCCAAGCUGAAGAAGCUCAUAAACAAGAAAAUAAAACUAGACAUGAAUGAAAAGUACCGAAGCGAGAAGAAAAGUACCAACCAAUACAUUUCUUUCAUAUACAUUCAUGAGCUGACCGCCAGCGACUACGUGGAUUACGUGUUAAAUAAAUCAGACGACUACGACUGCGUGUUGUUUGUGAUCGACGUGGAGAAUACAAAUGGGCAGUCCAUGUUUGACAGGAAGAACCUGAUUCUGUUGGAGUUGUUUAACCGUGUGGCGCGGACCUUCAUUUUGGGAAACUUUUCUCUUUACAGCGAAGGGGGGAGCACCCCUUCCGCAACGCCGAUUUUUUUCUUUUACAUAAAUAUGCACAAGCCGACCAUUCUCCCCCUCAAGUACAUCCACGCAAUCAAUGAGGUGCCCGAGUUUUUUUACGUAGGAAAGGAAACCUUCCUCCACUUGGAUUACUAUUCCAAGGUGAGGCCCAAUUACAUUCUCGAGGAUUACUUAAAGAUGAAGGGGUUAAGCGAAAGAGACAAAGCAGAGAUGAGUAACAAAAUUCUCGAAGCGUAUUUCUUGGAUUUUAUUCGGACACAUAACAGGGGUGGCAGUGCCAGUGGUAGUCCUACGCCUUUGGAAGGGAACUCCUUGGAAGAAGUACAAAAGUAUUUUCUCACCAUUGGGUUGGUUGUGUUGUUCUCCCUCCUGUACCUCCUCCUGCAGCUGGUCCAGAGAUGGCCCUCCCUCAUGUUUGCUUGCUCAUACGUGUUAUUCCUGACCUGCCUGAGUGGAAUCUUCCACUGUCUCAUUAACAAAUCUGAGUUCUACAACACAGCGAAGAACCUGGACUCGAUCCUGCACAAGUAUAUCUACCGUUCGACUAGUACUCAGUAUGUGUACGAAGGAGUGGCCUUUUCCUUUUUCAUUUUUUUGAUUACCUUUGCGUUGUUCCUCUUGUGUAGGUACUCCCCCAACAGGUUCGUCCCGCGGAGGGGGAAGAACGUGUGGCUCACAAUGCUGGUGCUGCUUGCCUAUGCCUCCCUCGACGUCAUUCACGAGAUUAACCUCUACAAGGUGUACUACUCUACUUACUUCUUCUUCCCACCGAUUAAGUUUUUUCGCAAGUGA